AGCUGAAAGUAAGACUUCUACAAAAAUACAGUCAGAUAACAUUCUAUUGAUUUUUCUGAAACGUUCAUUGAACCAAUCACAGAGUAGUGACUAUUUUUAAAGGGUGAGGUUGUUGUCGGGUUUUUAUAAAAGUAAGUGCGGAUGUACAAGUAAAGUGUGUGCACUUGUUCUUUUUCCGAGCCAGCGCUAGCUCGCUGUGGCUACCCACGGUCUUCAAAUGCAGGUGGCUACCCUAUUCCGUGAAUCCACCACACUUCUUGGGGCAACUAUGGAGGCGGGCGGUGGCGGAGCCAGUACACCUGACUCAGCUGCCUCCGUCUUAGGACCCGGACCGUUGGCGUACGGAAAUUUCCCUCAUCCGGUCUCUAUCGCGAAUAAAUACAAAUUAAAUAUGAAACUGGAACCGCACGAUGAUGGCUACGAGACAAGCGCAGAUAUGUUACUUUCGAACACCGGCAAUCCGAAUCACGAGAUAAAAUGCGAAAAACUCGAGGACCCGUACAGUUUCAUUGACGACGACCCGAUGCCCAUGCUACCUACGCCCCAAGGACCGAUAAAUUAUAUGACUACACCGCAACCGACAAAUCAACUCAUCAUCGGGCCUAAAAAGCGAGGAAGGAAAAAGAAAAUUAAAACGGAAGAUUUCUUUCCAUUCAGGGUUGACGCGAAUAUGGGAGUGAAUGGUGGUUUACCUAGGCCUAUUAAGGAAAGGAAAAAGCACGAUAGGUUUAAUGGAAUGCCCGAGGAGGAGGUCUCGAAACGAACGUUACCCGACCAUCUCGCCGCUAAUUUAGACAUCAUCAUUAUUGGAAUCAAUCCGGGUUUAUUUGCUGCUUACAAAGGGCAUCAUUACGCCGGUCCCGGGAAUCAUUUUUGGAAAUGUCUGUACCUGUCCGGAUUAACGAAGGAGCAAAUGACGGCGGACGAGGAUUACAAGCUCCUCCAGUCGGGGAUCGGUUUCACCAACAUGGUGCAGCGGCCAACAAAAGGCAGCGCAGAUCUCACGCGUAAAGAAAUAAAAGAAGGUAGUCAAAUUCUCUUAGAAAAAUUACGAAAGUUUAGACCGAAGAUCGCCGUGUUCAAUGGUAAACUGAUCUACGAAGUGUUUUCGGGGAAGAAGGAUUUUCAUUUCGGAAGACAGCCAGAUUGUAUAGAGGGCACGAAUACUCACAUGUGGGUGAUGCCUUCGUCGAGUGCACGGUGUGCUCAGCUGCCGAGAGCCGCAGAUAAAGUGCCAUUUUACGCAGGUUUAAAGAAAUUUCGUGACUAUUUAAACGGUUUAAUUUCUUCAAUCGAAGAAUCAGACAUGGUGUUCUCAGAACCGACACUGAAGGCGUGUUACGAGCCCGAACCUAAACCCGAUCCCGACCUGAUGGAUCUUAGUAAUGCUGUGAUUAAGAAAGAAGAUGGCACUAUCGUACCGUGUAAAAAGAAACGAGGACGGCCUAAAAAAAUUAAAGUCGAAGGUGAAGAACCUCCAAAACCUGUUAUAAGAAAAGCGGCUUCCCAGCACAACUGUGAUUUCCCAAAGAAAAAACGAGGCAGGCCUAAGAAAGUUAAGUUGGAGGACGUGGAUCGUCCGGCUUCGACGGCCCCUCUGGAUAACACUACAUCGACCAAUAUGAAUAAGUGUUACUCGAAUCCGUCGCCUAUACAAUCACCCACGAAUAGUUAUUAUCACUUACCUCCCGAAGUCACACCACCCAAUGGUACUAACAGCUUGUACGCUCCUCAAGUCGCUCCAUCCUAUAGUCAGUCCCCUAGACCCGCUUCCUAUAGUCAAUCCCCACGACCCCCCUACAGUCAGUCCCCUAGACCUCAUUCGCAAUCAUUUACCCAUUCAGAUCUUAGUUCGGAAAUAAGCGCCGCUAUCAGUUCGGAGCAAUUGGGCUCGCCGGCAUCUCCUAGCCUUGGGCCACCCGACUUUGAACCACCGUCAAAUAUGGCGGACGAAACGGAUUGUCGUUUUAGUAGUCCCGCAUCGUCAACACCAAGCGAACAACCACAUUACCCCUACUCUUCGUCAUACAGUAUAGAACCCACGGUGGAUAAUCACUAUCCGGCACCUCGGCAACCUCAAGACAUAGCUUCCAAAAGUUUAUCCGGUUUGGAAUCGCUAGUAGACCAAAUACCUAGCAUCACCGAGGGGGAGGCGACACUGAAUGAAACAUCCGAACAAUUUACUAGUGGACAGUACAACAACCUUAAUUAUAAUAUGCCAGCACGGACAAGUCCCGUGCCUUACAGUUAUCCGACAAGCCCAGGAUACCCCUUAUACCCCACACCGACCUGGAGUGGACAUUAUGAACCUAUGCCGUUGGCCUAUCCACAACUUCCGUAUGCACAGGGUUACGCUCCUAGUUUGCACGUACCUAGCCCCAACUACCCCUAUUACAGUUACCCUCAACCUGCGCCAGCACACCCGCCUGGUUACCCGCCGUACUUGGGCGGCUUCUGAUUGGUUUCCGUCACCGUGUAUUCAUGUUGUGUACCUGUAUCAUAUGUUGAGCUAGUACCUAGCAAGUCUGUGCGCUUCAGUACAGUUGGUUACUUGCAUUUUGACAACAACAAGACUUGCACAGGGUAAAUGGUGAUAUUUUUUUGUCAUAAGUAUUUUCUCUAAACUUUGAAUGUUAGAUAGGCCAAGGGUUUCGUGCAUUAUUCUACAAUGGGAUCUUCGUUGAAUGUGCGUGUUACCUCCGAGUGUGUGAUCAUUGCCACAGACCAAUAUAGCAGUCUUAUCACCUUUAAAAAAACGGUAUCUACGUGUUAUUUAUUAUCAUACGCCUAUCUAUGUACAGAUACGUAAUUACUAUUAUUAAAUACAUAGGCGGCACACAGUUUCCUAAAAUUAGUACCUAAACCAUAAUGUGCUGUGUAUAUUAGUCAAAAAUUUUGGUAUUGAAAGUUCUAUUGGAAAUGUUUUAGCGUUCUUAACUCUGUAUAUAAUUUGGUUUGUUGAAAAAUAUCCUUCCAUCAAUUUAGGGGAAUUUAUGUACAAAUUUAGGACGAGAAGUUUUUUUGUUCAAAUUCGAAAAACGCACUUUUUUCUAUUACCCCUCAAAAAAGAGCUUUAAAUAACACCUGCAUUUCGUGCGUGUGUGUCUUGUGUGUAUGUGUAGAGAAAUUUGGCAAUUUUUUAUUUUGGUUCCGAUCUGGACAGUUCGGAUUACAGUAAACGUAGAAAAUUAUUAGCCAAAAAAAGAACUCAGGAAAUUAGUCCUCUUUACGCUCCUUUUAAUUUAGUUACUUUAUCCCAGUGCAAAAAGUGCACGUCAACUCGUGAGAAUAUUUUCCUGAUCGUUGUACUCAUUAUUUAUUUCGUAACGAGAAUUUACUUUUAGUUAAGUGGCGUGCGGUAGAUGUCGCUACAGGUUUGUCGCGCUUCAAUUUUAUUUUGUGAUACAUAAGCAAUUUAGAAUUAGAUUUAUUUACGAGAAGAAUGUGAUUUAGUUUUUCGCAACUGGACAUGUUAAGGCAACGCUGUAUCUCUAUAGAUAAUGAAGUGUUUUUUAUUGUUCUAAGUUACUCUGUAGAAAAUCAAAUUAAUAAAAAUGUUAAAGCGAAAUAGAACUGAUUUGUAUUUUCACUGUGGCUUGUAUUAUCUGUAGAGAUAAUCACAGAUGCCUUACAGCAGAGAGUGUAAAUCAUUUUCCAAUUUCCAACAAUUUGUUUUUGAAAGGAGUGACCCAUUAGUUAUGAAAAUUCAUAUUUGCUGCAUGAAACGGAGGGCUUCUCAUAGUCUUAAAAGUACUCAUAACCCUAAUAAAAAAAUAACCGCAAUUUGUACAAGUUUCGCAUCAAAUGGAUUAAUAAUAACAAACGCACAUAAUAGAGUGCCCACAUUUUUGGGUUUUCCGUGCUACAUUUAAGUUUAGAGCCGAAUCAAAAGUCUCAAUAAAUUUUAGUAUGUUGUCCUUUCCUAACGGGCGUUUUUAGAAAUUUAUUUAUCCGUGCUUUAUCCAGUUCUAUGAUAAUUUGCAAAAUGAAACAUUUUAUCUUCGCUGUAAUAAUCAAUGAAAUUAGGUCAGUUUUUAAAAAUUGCAAUGUACUUAAUUAAAAAUUGCUUUACAAAAAAGUAAAAGGAAUGGUUUACUGAUAUUACAGCAGACUUGGUGGAAGUAUGGCAUUCUCAAAAAAAAUUAUUUUGGCAAUAAAAUUCUCACUGCCUUUUAGGACAUAGGAAAAUUUGGUCCCAUUUGGUUAGUUGGCUUUCUUUUGAUUGAACGCUUUAAGAUUAAGUGUACUGUGGAAAACCCUAGAAAUCACUUCGUUAUUUGUGCGCCUUUCAUUUGAUAUAAAGCCGAUACAAAAUUGAUGAAUUGUUGAAAUUUAAAACUGGAAAAUGAUUGCGUCGAUCACUUACGAAUGAAGAUUUAGAAAGACGAGCUUGAUAAUCCUGUAGCGAGAAUUUGUGUUUUGUUUGCGUUCGUUUUCGACGUUCUCGAAGGACUCCUUAAGUUUUAGUUCUAGUCAUUUAUGAUAACUAUUAAUGAAAUGUACAGGGUGGUCCAUUUUCUAUAAAUGGCUAUUUAGGUUAGUAAGCAAGAUAUCGAGUUCUGUUUAGUGGUUUUCAAAUAAGCCAUGUUAUAUUUAUAAGAAUAUUUUUAUUUUUGUUUUAUAUAAAAAUAUAUAUGGACGUGAUAUAGCGGAAAUUCAUUAUUAUUCCUAAUGAAAAGGAGGGGGUGCGCGAGUUGCAAUAUUUCCAUUAAUACAACUUAAGCGAUGCAGAAUUACUUUUUUUUUGUAAUUGUCCGAGCAGAAUUUAUUGUCGAUCACACAGAAUUGAACGGUGUUGAUAUUACAACCGUGCGUACGAAGGUGAUGAAUCUGCUUGCUUGUCUGUGUCAUCGUUUUUAGUUGUAGUUAGAAUAAACGUUCAUUUCAAUAAACAUUUGUUAUAGCUCUUGAA